AUGAACCCCGGCGGAAAGGCUUCCCUCACCACCAUCGACAGCACCACCGAUCCCAAGAUCGUCCAGCUGGUGCAGGAUCUCAAGCCUCAAAUCGAGGCCAAGACCAGCGCUACCUAUUCCACCUUUGUGCCUGUGGCCUACCGCAGCCAGGUCGUUGCCGGCACCAACUACUACGUCAAAAUCCAGGUUGCCGACAACCCUCCCUCCUACAUCCACGCCGUCAUCUACAAGCACUUCAGCAACCCGGCCGUCGUCACCUCCGCCGCCACCGACAAGUCCUUUUCGGAUGACCUCUAA